CAUCCUGAAUAUCAUCAUCUCCAUCUGCAGGAAUUCAGCGCCCAUCACAUUCUGCAGAUAAGAAGCUCCCGAGCUCAGUCAUGGAAGGCCAUUAAUGGCGCUCUCCCUCGCUUCUUCCUCCUCCUCUUCCACCUCUGCUCUCUCAACCCUCCCCUCAAGAGGAGUUAUCCAACAAUGGUUCUACGCCGGGCAGGUUAGAGCUUGCAGCAGCAGCAGCAGCUUGCCUGGAAGAGGAAGGACUCGCGUGAAGGCCGGGAAGGGGGUGUCUGACGUGUGUGAGCCGCUUCCUCCUGACAGGCCCUUGUGGUUUCCCGGCAGUUCUCCUCCUGAAUGGCUGGAUGGCAGCCUUCCAGGCGAUUUUGGCUUCGACCCGCUUGGAUUAGGAUCUGAUCCAGAGCUACUCAAGUGGUUCGCACAGGCAGAACUGAUGCACGGGAGGUGGGCGAUGCUGGCAGUGGCGGGAAUCCUCAUCCCUGAGCUGCUUGAGAGGUUGGGCUUCAUCGAGGAUUUCUCUUGGUACGAUGCGGGCACUCGGGAGUACUUUGCCGAUACCAAGACCCUCUUUGUUGUGCAGAUGGCCCUCAUGGGCUGGGUCGAAGGGAGGAGGUGGGCAGACAUGCUGAAUCCAGGUUGCGUUGACAUUGACUUUAAGUUCCCGAACAAGAAGAACCCAAAGCCUGAUGUGGGGUUCCCCGGAGGGUUCUGGUUCGACCCCUUGAUGUGGGGCAGGGGCUCCCCAGAGCCCGUGAUGGUGCUGAGAACAAAAGAGAUUAAGAACGGGCGGUUGGCUAUGUUGGCUUUUGUUGGGUUCUGGUUCCAGGCAAUCUAUACCGGGGAAGACCCGAUCACCAACUUGACAAAACACCUUGCUGACCCGGGCCACUGCAACAUCUUCUCUGCUUUUACAUCAAGUUAAAGCCAUCGGGGCACUUACUCCGGAUUCAUUCUCUCCCGAUUCAAAUGACCAGAGAGAUUUGUACAUAUAUCAAAAGGCCAGCCUGAGAAGUGACAUCUACUUUUACUUUCUGAUUUGCAUUUGGAUUAAUGUUUUCAUUCGGUUGAUUCUGUGUAUUGCCUCAAUUGGCAACAUGUUUAUGAGAUCCCGAAUUCUGCCA